CAGAGAUUUUAUUCAUGGCUGUCAACUAGAUCAACUUUAUGUAUCUUGUGUAUGUAGCUAGCAGAUAUUAUGGGAAUAGAAUAUCAAGGUGUGUCGUAAAUAAAAUGAAAUAAUGUGUAUAUUUGUAAAUAAACAAUUAAUGACAAUGUGCUUAUGUGAAUAUGAAGCCCGGUUUCAGUGCUUACGACCGUCGUUUAGCUAAAAAGAAAAUCGGGUAUUUAACGUAGGGUUAAGGAAGUUCCUUAAUAUUAUUUAUAUUUUCUUCCAAUUGAGAAUUCGAAAUAUAAACUCGUAAAAUGUGGAAUAUGAUGUGCGACGUGAUGCCGACUAUAUCGGAGGAUAGUAUAAGCCAACGGAGUUCCCAGUUUUCGGGCGAAGACGCGAAUUUCGAACAGCUAAUGGUGUCUAUGCUGGACGAAAGGGAUAAGUUAAUGGACAGUUUACGGGAGACACAGGAACGACUAGGAGAAACGGAAAUCAAAUUGUCGGAAGUGGAAAAAGAACGGGACUCCCUACAGCGACAAAUAGCAGCAAAUUUACCACAGGAAUUCGCAACCCUCACGAAGGAACUAAACUCAGCGAGGGAGCAGCUUUUAGAACGGGAAGAGGAAAUAGCGGAACUGAAAGCGGAAAGGAAUAAUACUCGAUUGCUACUAGAACACUUAGAAUGUUUGGUCUCAAGGCACGAACGAUCACUGCGAAUGACGGUAGUCAAAAGACAGGCUGCUGCUCAAUCGGGAGUAUCAAGCGAAGUAGAAGUUCUAAAGGCGUUGAAGAGCUUAUUCGAACAUCACAAGGCUUUGGAUGAAAAGGUUCGCGAGAGAUUGAGAGUGGCUUUAGAGAGAAAUUCAUCUUUAGAAGAGGAAUUAUCAACAACCAAAGAAGAGCUGCAAAAUCUGAAACAGGGAUUACCGGUAACAAAUGUACCUGCCAUAGAAGAUAAGCCAAAGGAAAAUGGACAGCUCGAGACCUCGGACCAACUUAACAACAGCCAUCACAAGGCGUUGCCGGCCAAGCCACGACUGACUAAUGGCGGAGUGGACGGUGAAAACGUUGAAAGCGCUGCCCGAAUAGCCGAUUUACAACAGGCUUUAGAGCAACAAACGGGUGAAAUCAGCACGUGGCAACGUAGAGUGGCCGAAAUGCAAAAUCGGGUUGGCGAAUUAGAAGAAAACCUGUCCAAAGCUCAGAAGGAAUUGCUUAAAGCUCAAGACAUGAACGCAAAACUUCAGAGGGAUCUUCGCGAAAACGUCGCGCAGAAAGAGGAUCAGGAAGAGCGCAUUGCCACUUUAGAGAAACGGUACUUGAAUGCGCAAAGAGAAAGCACCUCCUUGCACGAUCUGAACGAGAAGUUGGAACAAGAGUUGCAGCAUAAAGAAGCACAAAUAAAGUUGCACGAGGAGAGAAUUGCAGCUAUUCAAGAAAAACUGGAACUUGCUGAACAGAAAUUAGCUCAGUUCUCGAAACUUCCCGAAAUGGAAGAGCAGCUCAAACAGCGGAUGGAAGCGCUUACGCAGGUGAGACCCCAGGCUCAAGAACGUCAUGGAUCAGCCGAAGAUCGCAUUCAACGAUUGGAGGCCAAUUUGGACGAGAAAAACGCAGAGCUGGUCAGACUGAAUCAAAGACUGAAAAUGAAUGAAGACCAUAACUCGCGCUUGUCAGCUACAGUAGAUAAACUCCUUUCGGAAUCUAACGAUAGAUUACAAGAUCAUCUGAAGGAAAGAAUGCACGCUCUCCAGGAGAAAAAUAAUUUGACACAAGAGCUUGAAAAGACUAGAAAGAUGAUGGAAGAGCUGGACCAACAGAAAGGUGAAAUUAUGAAAGAGCUGGCUAAAUCGAGGUUGGAGAUCGAUAAUGUUAAACGCCAGAUGCUGCAGCAGGAAAUCUCGUACAAUAUUCAACAAACAGACGCUCUAACAAGGUCCUUGUCGCCGAGUGCCGUCGACCCCAGUAACUUUUCUCGCAGCGCGAGUCAUUCCAGUUUCGAUACGCAUUCCUUGCCGCGAAGGCCCAAUAAAAGCAGAACCCCAAUCGAAGAGGACCCGAAUAAGAUGGCUUUUGGGUCCCGGUCGAUGACGGAACACGAAUGGGAAAAGAUGCAACAGGCUCAUGUGUUGGCCAAUGUUCAGCAGGCUUUCGACGUGUCAAGUGAUGCUGAAGGCGAUGAUAAUGAUAGUUUGUUUAGCACCGCAGAUAUUCUAUCUCCUUCUGGUCACACCGAUGCUCAAACUCUCGCUAUGAUGCUCCAAGAGCAACUGGACGCAAUUAAUAACGAGAUCCGGUUGAUUCAAGAAGAAAAGCAAAACACCGAGGCGCGAGCUGAAGAACUUGAAUCGCGAGUGGGCAGCAUGGAACACAUGAAUCUUUUGGCUCGCGGCAGAAGCCUGGAAAGGCAAUCACCCCCUGUAAGCGGUAGAUCCACGCCCAAGUCGCACCAUAGCCCUCAGAGGGAUUACUUACAUAAGUAUCACACGGCCCCGGCAAGUAUGUCUCCAGCCCAUUUGCAACAAUAUCACUCGACUUUGAGCCCAGGCACUUUGUCCGAAUCUUUGCCAUCCAGUCAGCUCCAACUUGCCCCGCUUUCUUCUGAAAUGUCCAGGGAUGAAAUGCAUAUGGGUGACAACAAUAGUGGGGGAGGCGCAUCUCCAUUAACAGCUAGAUCGCUACGAUUAGAACGAAUGGCUCAAACUAUUGCUCACAGUCAGGAGGAACUUCGAAGACAUGGCCGGGCUCUGUCUCCGGGAAUCAAUUACAGGCCAGGGCAGAAUACUCACACGCCACCAUCACCUCUAUCCUCUCGUCACAGCAGCCAGGAGAGUCUGCAUAAAAAUGCGUAUGGAAUUGCUAGCGGGUUUGUCAACCGAGAUGCGGCAGCUGUGGCAGCGGCGGCAGCAGCAGCGCAAAAGAAAAAAGGCAUUAAAAGCAGUCUGGGACGGUUCUUCAGCAAAAAAGAGAAGGCGAAAGGAAAAGAUGGAUCAUCAACCGAUAGCAAUUUAAGUCUCAGUCAAAGCAGCAUCGCCCUUCCUGAUGGGGAGCUUAACGAUUCGAUGAGUGGGUCUGGAAAGUUGGGCCAGAAGUCUGUAGAUUUUGACCGGCGUCAAAAGAAAAAGGAACGGGAUUAUCGUCAUGAACUGUUAGCAGAAGCGAUGAAAGCAGGAACACCAUUUGCCCUAUGGAACGGUCCAACCAUCGUCGCUUGGUUGGAAUUGUGGGUGGGCAUGCCCGCCUGGUAUGUUGCAGCUUGUAGAGCCAACGUUAAAUCGGGCGCUAUAAUGAGCGCACUUAGUGAUACGGAAAUCCAAAGAGAAAUAGGUAUAAGUAAUCCGCUUCAUAGACUUAAGCUACGAUUAGCCAUUCAAGAGAUGGUAUCGCUAACUUCUCCUAGCGCACCGAAAACCUCUCGUACCACACUUGCAUUCGGCGACAUGAAUCACGAGUGGGUUGGUAAUGCUUGGUUGCCAUCGUUGGGACUUCCCCAAUAUAGAACCACCUUUAUGGAAUGUUUAGUAGAUGCCAGGAUGCUGGAUCAUUUGACGAAGAAAGACUUGCGCGGUCAACUGAAAAUGGUUGACAGUUUUCAUAGGACUAGUCUUCAAUUUGGCAUAUCAUGUUUAAAGAGGUUAAAUUAUGACCGUAAUUUAUUAGAAGAUAGAAGGAAAAACAGUGAAAAUACUAAUUCAGACGUAUUAGUAUGGAGUAAUGAUCGCUUAAUUAGAUGGGUAGCGAUUAUAGGACUAAAGGAAUACGGAAAUAACUUAUUAGAAUCGGGUGUUCAUGGUGCUUUAGUAGCGUUGGAUGAGAGUUUCGAUGCGAAUAGUAUGGCUCUUGCUCUACAAAUCCCAACACAGAAUACCCAAGCUAGGCAAACUUUAGAAGUAGAAUAUAAUAAUUUAUUAAGAACGGCCACUGACCGGAGGCCUGAAGACAUGCGGUCUUGAUAUGGAUGGGCAGUAGGCUUUCCCAAUUAGGCAGACAAGUUUAAAGAAGAGUUGAAAAGACAUCUCUCGACCAUGUAGUGUUCCGCUGCUGCUGCUCAGAACGUGCUAAGCAGCCUGUGUGCUACCUCCCUAAAUGUUGAUAAUAAUAUCGCAAGCUCGUCUAUUUGUUAGAGGUCGAAAACGUAAUAUGAGCACGUCGUCGGUACUCUAACAUGUUUGCGACUGUUUAUCGUAUAAGUACCCGCUCGAAUUAGAUUGUUAUAGGCAUACAUUUGUAGAUUCAAACCUACCAAAAGGCUGAACCAAUAUUAUGGGGGAAUAAAAGCUUAUUGAUGUAUACGACAUAAAUUGCCCCGAAACACUGUGCCCAUUAUCGGAGUUUCGGUAUGGACACAAAAUAUUUCGUUUUUACAAGUGCAGAAUAUUUUGAAUAUUACAUCAAAUAAUUUUUUGUAUCAAACAAACCAAUGAAGUAGGACAUAAGCAACAACAUUUCAACUUGUUUGGAUAUGCUACAAAAUACAUGAAUGUAAAAUUAGUUUAGCUGACCACUUUUCCGGUUUUCGUUUUAAUUAUAUUCCAAUCCAUCAGCGACACACCACCUUAUCUUCCUCCCUUCUACGGCAGGAACAAAUUCCUGUUCAUAAAAAUAAUGUCCUUUUAUAAGGAUUGGUUCAUUGUUUUCCUUAAGUAUCUCCUGUAAAUGUAUCCACUUUGUGAAUAAGUGUGAACCUUCCUGAAUACUCGUAUCCUGAUAAUGUUGUGCAUCUUUCACUGAAGCACGGUAGUGUAGUUGCACACAGUCAGGGCAAAUAACUAACUAGUUAUUUGCCCUAGUUAUAUUACUCAACUGAGUAAUAUUGCUGCAUAGCACAUUCAUUUGUUUAUACAUGUAUAUCAGCCUAUACUUUUUAAUUUGAACACGUUAAAACACUGUUCUUUACGGGUUUUCUAUAUGCGAACGUAUGCUUAUAAUAUCUAAUAGUUUAGGAUAUUGUAUGACUAUGAGCUUUAACCCGAGAACAAAUACUUGUGACGUAAGUACGUAUAGUAUUAUGUAUCUAAUUGUAUAUUAAAAAGGUUAGGUAUAUUGAAAUAAAGAAAGCCAUUUUAAGACUGUACAGUUGCAACAAGUGAACUAUAAAAUUGUAUUUGUACUUGUGUCAUUUUUUUUAGUAAAUAUGAUGAAAAUGUGUAAUAAUUAAGCUUCA